AAUUAUUACUUUCCAUUUUCCCUACAUUUAUACGUUGAUCGAUCUCUCAACCCGGCACUAGGACAUCAUUCGACCAACUCGAAUUGAUACCGACCGACAGUAGAGUUAAAAAGCAAUAAGUAAAUAGGAUUGGUCUAAAUUAAUCAAGUUCUCUGCCCUGACCAACCUGAGCUAGUCGAUCAUGUAUUUGUGAAAGCAAAGAUCAAGGGCCAGAGCUGUACUUGAUUUAAUUAUUGGUUAUGAUUGUGUGAGGGUUGAUGAAAUAAAGUAAGAUUGGGAUUGGAUUGCGAGCGCAGCUAGCUAGGCAUGAAGUUGGUGUUUUGGGCAGUAGUGAUGAUGAUGUUUUACAGCAGCGGGUGUUGUAGUUGGGAAGUGGUGAAUGUUGGGUGUAUGCUCAUUCUGGAUUCCCCAGUUGGGAAAGUUACCAAAUUGGCUGUGGAGGCCGCUGUGGAGGACGUCAAUUCCAACCCAACUCUUCUUCCUGCAACCAAGCUCAACCUCACCCUCCUUGACACCGCCCCCACUGCCGCCUUUCUUCCCAUUCUUCAAGCUAUAAGGUUCAUGGAGACGAAUAUAGUGGCGAUAAUAGGUCCUCAGUCAUCAGUCAUAGCUCAUGUUAUUUCCCAUAUCGCGAAUGAGCUCCACGUCCCUCUGUUGUCUUUUGCUGCAGCUGAUCCUGCCCUUACUUCACUUCAGUUCCCUUUCUUUGUCAGGACUUCACCAAAUGAUCUUUUUCAGAUGGCUGCAAUAGCAUCCAUCGUGGAAUACUAUGAAUGGAAAAAAGUGGUUGCCAUUUACACUGAUGAUGAUUAUGGAAGGAAUGGCAUUGCUGCAUUAGGGGAUCAAUUGGCUCUGAGAAGAUGCCAGAUUUCUUACAAAGCUGCUUUGAAGCCUAAAGCAACAAUUGAUGAUAUAAGGGAUGUGUUAAUUCAGGUGGCUUUAUCAGAGUCCCGAAUUUUCGUUGUCCACACUUACCCUGAAAAAAACAGCCUGAGUAUAUUUUCGGUGGCGAAGAGUUUAAGGAUGAUGGAGAGCGGGUAUGUGUGGAUCACUACACAUUGGCUCUCAACCAUAUUUGAUACCAUCAGCCCGCUUUCUCCGGAAACAAUGGAAGACAUUCAAGGAGUUGUUACACUACGCAUACACACCCCAGACUCGGGAUUAAAAAGGGACUUUAUCUCCAGGUGGAGCAAUAUGACUAGAAGUCUGGCAUUUAACUGGCAGUUGGGAUUGUGCACAUAUGGUUUAUAUGCCUAUGACACCGUUUGGUUGCUUGCCCGUGCGCUUAAUGCGUUCUUUGAGGGUGGUGGAAACAUUUCAUUUUCCAAAGAUCCAAGGCUGGAAGGUAGCAGAGGGCGUCUGCGUCUAGAUUCCAUGAGCGUCUUUGAUGGUGGGAAUCUAUUGAGGGAGAUGAUUUUUAAGGAGGAAAUGACCGGCAUGACAGGUCCAUUAAGGUUCACAUCAGAUAGGGACCUAAACAGACCAGCAUUUGAGGUCAUAAAUAUGGUAGGGAAUGGAUUUACAAGGGUUGGUUAUUGGUCAAAUUAUUCCAGACUAUCAGUUAAUCCUCCUGAAUCGCUUUAUUCAAAACCAUCAAACAUCUCUUCUUCAAAUCAACGACUACACGGCAUGAUAUGGCCUGGUCAAAUGACCAGCAAGCCCCGAGGUUGGGUAUUCCCUAACAAUGGAAAGAAGUUAAAAAUAGGUGUCCCUAAAAGGGUUAGUUUUCAGGAAUUUGUAGGGCAGGUGACAGGUGGUGGUGAUGAUGAUGAUGAUAUGUUCAGAGGCUACUGCAUUGAAGUUUUCACUAAUGCUGUUACCUUAUUACCAUAUUCUGUCCCUUACAAGUUUGUGUCCUUGGGGGAUGGCCUUAAAAACCCAAACCAUACAGAAAUUGUGCAUCUAAUCACUUCCGGGGUUUAUGAUGCAGCAGUAGGGGACAUUGCGAUCACAACCAAGCGAACGAAGAUGGCCGACUUUACUCAACCUUACAUUGAAUCAGGGCUAGUUGUGGUGGUACCUGUGAAAGAAUUGAGCUCAAGUGCUUGGGCUUUUCUUAGACCUUUCACUCCUCCUAUGUGGGCUAUUACUGGAAUCUUUUUCCUCAUUGUGGGGGCCGUCGUCUGGUUUUUGGAACACAGAAUGAAUGAGGAUUUUCGUGGACCUCCUAAAAAGCAAUUCAUCACCAUUCUCUGGUUUAGCUUUUCAACUCUCUUCUUUGCACACAAGGAAACUACAGUAAGCACCCUUGGCCGAGUCGUCCUAAUCGUAUGGCUUUUCGUGGUCUUGAUCAUAACCUCAAGCUACACAGCUAGUUUAACCUCAAUCCUCACUGUUCAACGUCUUUCUUCUGCGGUGAAAGGGAUCGAGAGCUUGUUGACUUCGAACGAUCCAAUCGGUUAUCAACUUGGUUCAUUUACACGGAAUUAUCUGGUUGAGGAGCUUGGUAUUCAUGCAUCUAGGCUUGUUCCUCUUAAUUUGCCUGAAGAUUAUGUGGAUGCUCUAAGGAAGGGUCCUACAAAUGGUGGUGUUAUGGCUGUGGUUGAUGAACGUGCCUACAUGGAAGUUUUUUUAUCAACACACUGUGAGUUCAGUAUUGUAGGCCAGGAGUUUCAGAAGAACGGUUGGGGCUUUGCUUUCCCAAGGGACUCUCCUCUGGCAGUGGACUUGUCAACCGCAAUACUAAAACUCUCAGAAAAUGGAGAGCUUCAGAGAAUCCAUGAAAAAUGGCUUACGAGAAGUGCUUGCACAUCACAGAACACAAAGUUUGAAGUUGACCAUCUUGAGCUAAGGAGCUUUGCAGGUCUCUUUUCCAUCUGUGGGGCUGUGAGCUUCUUAGCUCUAAUGCUGUACUUCAUACUUCUCACCUACCAGUUCAAGAGGUAUUCGUCUGAUCCUGAUCUGUCUAGCAGUGGUGGUGGAAGCUCCCGGACAGGGAGGCUCCACACUUUCCUUUCAUUUGUAGAUGAGAAGGAAGAUUAUGUGAAAAGCCGGUCAAUAAAGAGGAGACAAAUGGAAGAGGCUUCAGGUAGGGGGAGUAUUGGUGGUCAUGUUGAUGCUUGUAUAAAUGGAUCUAAGAACAUAAAUUGACCAUUCACCAUGGUUGUCACGGUGGUAAGGCAAGUCGGGGAGCCAGUCGACUGCCAUAUUGCCUAGGCAAUUGGGCGACUAGUUGCACAUUGUGUCAUAUAUAUAGUUUAUAUAUAUAUAUAGAGAGAGAGAGAGGACUUUUCAUGUCCAGCCGGCCUGACGGGAACCGCCGUCCGGCCGAGGGCAUUUCGGGCACUUCCCGGUGGAAUUUUUUGAUAAAAUUUUUUGGACAUGUUCUUCAUCAAGUCUAGUUUAUCCAUACCAAAUUUCAGCUCAAAAUUCGAUCGGGAAGGCAUUCAAAUAUUUUUUUGAAGUUGACUGGGUUUUUAUAUGUAUACUUUGACGCAGUCAACUUCAAAAAAUUAUUUGAAUGUCUUCCCAUCGAAUUUUGAUCUGAAAUUUGGUAUGAAUAAACUAGACCUCAUGAAGAACAUGCUCAAAAACUUUCAUCAAAAAAUUCCAUCGGGAAGUGCCCAAAAUGCCCUCGGCCGGACCACUCCCCUGUCCGGCCACCUCAAUUUGAGGUGGUUCUCGGUGGUAUUUUUGACCCAAAUUUUUUGUGUAUGUUCCUCAUCAAGUCUAGUUCAUCCAUACCAAAUUUCAGAAAACAAUUCAAUCGGGAAGGUCAUCAAAUGAUUUUUGCAAGUUUACUGGUCCGGAAUAUGUAAAAAUCAUUUGACGACCUUCCCGAUUGAAUUUUUUUUCAGAAAUUUGGUAUGGAUGAACUAGACUUGAUGAGGAACAUACACAAAAAAUUUGGGUCAAAAAUACCACCGGAAACCACCUCAAAUUGAGUUGGCCGGGCCAGGAUCCUGUCCGGAAAUUCCGGAGAGGAAGAGCUCUCAUAUAUAUAAUGAUAUAUAUAUAUAUAUAUAUAUAUAUAUAUAUAUAAUUAUAUACGUAGUAUGAUAUUCAUAAUAUCCGGUUUAACUAUAUUUAAUUUGUAAUUUAUACUACUUGAUAUAUUAUGUAUAAUAUAUUACUAAUUAAACUGUAUAACCUACAACUGAAACUAACAUUUAAUAAUUAGAGACAAGGUUUAUUAAUGGGAAUGAAGAGUAAAAAUGCC